CUUUCCGCUGGCGGCCACUGAGCGUGGGGAGAGGCUGCGGCAGUCGCUAGCGCUGCAGAAUGUUUGAGUGAAGAAGGGAGCCCCACCAGAUUGCCCAUCCCGCUCGGUCUUCAUUAACUGUCCCCUGGAAGGGGACGGGGGAAACAGAUGCACUAACCAGGCGGUGCCACCCUGGAUCUUAACUGUGAAUGCCCCGCCGUGGAAAAUGGUAAACAAAGACAUGAAUGGAUUCCCAGUCAAGAAAUGCUCAGCCUUCCAAUUUUUUAAGAAGCGGGUACGAAGAUGGAUCAGGAGUCCCAUGGUCAGUGUGGAUAAGCAUCCGAGCCCCAGCCUGAAGUACACGGGCCCCUCGGGGGUGCCACUGCCCCCAGGGGAGCCAGACUUGGAGACAGCCUUGUGUCAGAUAUGCCUGGGUGAUCACGCUUUCCAGAGGGGAGUCCUUCCUCAGGACAAGGAGUCGUGCUCCUGGGAAAUGCAGCCUGGAUGCGAGGUGAAAGAGCCAUGUAAUCCUGCCAACAUCCUGACCAAGCCUGAUCCAAGAACCUUCUGGACUAACGAUGACCCAGCUUUCAUGAAACAGAGGAGGAUGGGCCUGAACGACUUCAUUCAGAAGAUUGCCAAUAAUUCCUAUGCAUGCAAACACCCAGAAGUUCAGUCCAUUUUGAAAAUCUCACCACCCCAGGAGCCCGAGCUCAUGAACGCCAACCCUUCUCCUCCCCCAAGUCCAUCCCAACAGAUCAACCUUGGCCCAUCAUCCAAUCCUCACGCUAAACCAUCAGACUUCCACUUCUUAAAAGUGAUUGGAAAGGGCAGCUUUGGAAAGGUCCUUCUAGCGAGACACAAAGCAGAGGAAGUUUUCUAUGCGGUCAAGGUUUUGCAGAAGAAAGCGAUCCUGAAGAAGAAGGAGGAGAAGCACAUCAUGUCGGAGCGGAAUGUCCUGCUCAAGAACGUGAAGCACCCUUUCCUAGUGGGCCUGCACUUCUCCUUCCAGACAGCUGACAAGCUCUACUUUGUCCUGGACUACAUUAACGGGGGAGAGUUGUUUUACCAUCUCCAGAGGGAACGCUGCUUCCUGGAACCGCGGGCGCGUUUCUAUGCUGCUGAGAUAGCCAGUGCCUUGGGUUACCUGCACUCCCUGAACAUCGUGUAUAGAGAUUUGAAGCCGGAGAAUAUUCUGUUAGAUUCACAGGGACACAUUGUCCUUACUGACUUUGGACUCUGCAAGGAGAACAUUGAGCACAAUGGCACGACAUCCACUUUCUGUGGCACCCCAGAGUAUCUUGCACCAGAGGUGCUCCAUAAGCAGCCCUAUGACAGGACAGUGGACUGGUGGUGCCUCGGGGCCGUCUUGUAUGAGAUGCUGUAUGGCCUGCCUCCUUUCUAUAGCCGAAACACAGCUGAGAUGUACGACAACAUUCUGAACAAGCCCCUCCAGCUGAAACCAAAUAUCUCAAAUUCCGCAAGAAACCUCCUGGAGGGCCUCCUGCAGAAGGACCGGACCAAGAGGCUCGGUGCCAAGGAUGAUUUUAUGGAGAUUAAGGGUCACGUCUUCUUCUCUGUAAUUAACUGGGAUGAUCUCAUUAAUAAGAAGAUUAUGCCUCCUUUUAACCCAAACGUGAGCGGACCCGGUGACCUGCGACACUUUGAUCCCGAGUUCACUGAAGAACCUGUCCCCAACUCCAUUGGCAGGUCUCCCGACAGCAUCCUCAUCACAGCUAGUGUGAAGGAAGCCGCCGAAGCUUUCCUGGGCUUCUCCUACGCACCACCCAUGGACUCCUUCCUCUGAACACUCUUGCGGUUGGUUGUGAAGGAUUUCCUGUGUUUCUUAACUAUUUCAGUUAGCCUUCCGGCAGAGCUGCCAGCUGACGGGACAUCUUUGAUGAGAAUUUGCACAUCCUUGGGAGCUUGGCAGUCUCACUGCACAGGGCUUGCUGGAAGCUUGGGGAAGAGCACAUCAUCCUCUCAGUGAGCUCAUGAGGCUUUCCUUCUUCCUUCCAACGUGGUGCUAUCUCCGAACCGAGCGUGAGAGUGCCGUCCCAAGACCGAGGCCAGAGUCUGGUUAGAAGGAGGAUGAGCGUGUUCUGACAGGCACCUGCUGCGGGACUGUCAUGAAUAUUAAUGAAACGUGCCUUUCCUGAUGAGGUUGUGUUAGCUCCAAAGCUUUUCCUACUGUGGAGUGUUUCCGUUCUGUACUCCUUGUGGAUCUCCCCGUGUGACCAGUGGUGUGAGUGUGGUGUGCUUGAUCACAGGUGGAUUUUGUUAUAAGCAUCAAUGUGACACUUGCAGGACACUACAAUGUGGGACAUUGUUUGUUUCUUCCAUAUUUGGAAGAUAAAUUUAUGUGUAGACUUUUGUGAGAUAUAGUUAAUAACUAAAAUUUCUUGAAAUGGUCUUGCAAUGACUUGUAUCCAGAUGCUUAAAGAAAGCAUUGCUGCUACAAAUAUUUCUAUUUUUAGAAAGGGUUUUUAUGGACCAAUGCCCCAGUUGUCGGUCAAAGCCAUUGGUUUGUUAUUGUUUAAAAUGUCACCUGUAAAGUGGGCAUUAUUUAUGUUGUGUGUAUGUGUGGUUUUUUUUUUUUUGCAUUCCUGAUAACUGUAUGUAUUGUAUAAAGAAAGUCUGUACAUUGGGUUAUAACACUAGUAUAUUUAAACUUACAGGCUUAUUUGUAAUGUAAGCCACCAUUUUAAUGUACUGUAAUUAACAUGGCUAUAAUCUGUACAAUCCUCUCCUACACACACAACUUUUUUUGUGUGUGAUAAACCAAUUUCGGUUUGCAAUAAAACCUUGAAAAGUA